UCUUCUCCUUUCUUUUUAUCUCACAAUCGAAACCGUUUGAAAGUGCAAGUUCGGAAAACGACAUUUCCAAGGCAAUACAGCAACAUGGACGAAGUCGAAAGUCUUUCACCGAAUGGCUUCAAAGGAGUGGCUAUUUAUUCCGGUGUUCUAUUCAUAUUUGGGUGUCUGACACAAACCAUCGCUUGCAUCAUCUUUAGCCGCCGCGACUACCGUAAAAAAGUCAUGACGCCAUACUUUAUUAAUAUUGCUGUUGGGAACUUUCUAUUCUUGUUUGGUAGCUUGCCAACAACAUUCGCAUCAUCGUUGAUGCAGGGAAGGCUCUUUUACGAAUAUCCAGUGAUGUGUAACAUUUUUGGAUUCAUUUCUGGUUGUGGUGCAGUUUCUAUGAUUGUCACGAUGUCUUGUACAACAGUUAAACUAUACGCCAUAUCAAAAUCGGGAAUUUCAAACGAAAACAGCAGUACCUUACAGACUCCACACUACAAGGUUAUCACCGCAAUAUGGGUCUACACUGUGAUUCUCAUGCUCCCCCCUGCCACAGGAAUUACAAAUAUGAAGACUGAAGGCUCAGGAACUCACUGCGUACCCGACUGGAGUCCAAAGCACCCAAACGAGGCGUAUUACGUCAUGACUUUAUUGAUAUUCGCAUACGUCAUCCCGGUGUCUGUGGGAAUUAUACACCUUAUCAGAAUCCAGUACCAAUUCAAUUCACAAGAGUUUUUCAACAGCCCGUUACUUAAUCUGUGUUUCUCGACUCUUAAAGGAAUUCAAAGGAUGUCGUCGCUCGCUGUUGCUCUCUUCUUGAUAACAUGGUUCCCGUAUGCUAUUCUUGUGGUCAUUUCGGUUACUUCUGGCAUCAAGGUUUUCUCGAUCGAAGUAGAAAUGUGGCCGACGCUGUUUGUUAAAUUGAGCGCUGUGUUUAAUCCAUACAUCUACGCAUUCGUAAACCCAAGAUUCCGUCGAGACGCAUUGGAACUUCUAAAAUGUUUUCUUUGUCGAAAGAAGUCCAUAGUUGACAACGUUGAGCAGGAUUUCUCUCAAAAUGCAACAAUUUGUUACGAGAAUGAACAAGACCGGGAAGCCACCACGAAUGCGAGUGAAUCACAAACAAAAGUCCGUCGCAUCAGCGUCAAAGAGGCCACAUUUAUUAGCAGAUCAUCCCAUGUUGAAGAGAUCACAAUGCAGGUCCACAAAUCGUCAGACUUUCAAUCUCUCAAAAAAAGUAAUGUUGGAUCGAAUUUGGUUGAGAAAUCCAACUGGUUAGAAUCGGUGGAAAAUCCAGGGCAGGUCAUACAAUAAACAGAAAAGUCAGUUCCAAAGCAAUUGACAUCGGUUUUAAGUUAGUGUGCUGUACAGGGCCAUGCACUAACCGGCGUACUAAUUUGCUUAUGUUUUGAAAAUUAAAAUACAUCAUUAUAUACUUUCUCUUUAUUAUUCCUUUAUGCUCUGUUAAUGGAGAUAUUUGUAUCUACGUUAAAAAAGCGACGAAUGGUAACACAUUGAGAAUGAAUAUUUAAAGUCAUUUCAUAAGUUUUCAUAUAUGAAAAGUACAAAAGAUGACCGCAUUGAAUGCUGGUGGAACAUGGCCCUUUUAGCCACUACAUAAGAGGCUAUCAUGUAGAACCUACUUAGAUUUGAUAGACUAAUUUCCAAAAUGGACGCCGCAGAUUACAGUCAACUCUCGCCUUAUAUACGGACACCCCGCUACAACGGACACCUCGAUAUUGUGGACAGUAAGAAAGUAACUCUCGUUAGGGACUGUGCAAUAAUUACCAGGAGGGGGGGGCGUAAAACCAGAUUUCUCAAGCAGAAAAUUAGCCAGAACCCCCCUCCGAAGCAUAAGAAAAUAGCUCUUACGCCCCCCCCCCCCCCUCUGCUAUACUAGAAAUAACGUCGGGUCCGUAAUAGCGAGAGUUGGCUGUAUUCUUUUUUUCAAAACGCUCAACUAAUGUGAAAUUCCGCUGUAUAAAAUGUGCGAUCGGCGAUAAGGUAUAAAUAGAACUUAUUAUCAAUAACUUAACAGUAAUACCCCAGCUUAAACCAUAGCUUGACACGUUUUUUCUCGCGUUUCAAUAGGAAAAGCAGUUAACUAUGUUAUGUAAUCUGUGAAUUGUAAAAAAAACCUCACGUGUCAUCAGUAUGGCCGAUCUUAUAAACAAAUUUAAACAAAUUGGCACAAAUAUAACCCUGUGUGAAACUGGCUUUUUUGUGUCAUUUUUAUCCAGCCGAAAGGCAAACAUUUAUUGUAAACAUUUUUUUCAGAUAUACAAUAUGUGGGCCUACCUCCGGACUUUCGCUAGUUCCGGAGAUUUUUGAAAAUGUGGUCUUAUUUAAGAAAUUCCAAUUGUUAACCGUUUAGAAGUGUAAUGACACAAUAAUAAAGUUUUGGUGCAUUUCCUUGGCAAUUGCAGUGGAGUUUAGCUUUCAGCACUUCUGUGAAUAUUUUUAAUGCCGUUA